AUGUCUUCAUCUACCGCUGUUAACACCCUGUUGAAAUCCGGUGCCCGUCUACCACCACUUCCGACCAUUCGGGAUUUGGUUCGAAUCUACAAACUGAGAGCCAUCAAACAGCUUUCCCAGAACUUUCUGAUGGAUGAGAGGUUGACCAACAAAAUCGUUCGGGCAGCGGGCAACAUUAAGGAUAAUUACGUCCUGGAAGUUGGUCCGGGCCCGGGUGGCAUCACUCGAUCAAUUAUUAGAAAUUUCCCCCGCCAGUUAGUUGUUGUAGAGAAGGACAGACGAUUUCUACCAACUUUGGAACUGCUGUCGGAAGCGUCAAAGGAUUUCCUGCAAAUGGACAUUGUUCGUGGCGAUAUAUUGCAGUAUCGGACCGGAAUAGCUUUCCCUGAUUGUCCCAAAACCGAAUGGAAUGACAAACGAGCCCCUGUGCACAUUAUUGGUAACUUACCUUUUGCCAUUUCUACGAGGUUGCUCAUCAAUUGGCUUCGGGAAAUGAGCCUGCAAACCGGAGCUUGGGCCUAUGGGCGCAGUAGUCUCACUUUAACAUUUCAAAAGGAAGUUGCAGAAAGGAUAGUUGCCCCAAUUCUUUCAGAAUAUCGAUGCCGCCUAUCGGUGAUGAAUCAAGUUUGGAGCAAACCAGAGCUGAAGUUUGUCAUUCCAGGAAAAGCCUUCGUUCCCAAGCCCGACGUAGAUGUGGGAGUUGUGACCAUCAUCCCCCUCAAGACACCUCUUACAAAAGUUCAUUUCGAUGUAGUGGAAAAAGUUAUGCGUCACAUCUUCUCGAUGCGGCAGAAAUACUGCCGAAGGGGUAUAGCCAAUCUUUAUCCACCAGAUGUACGAGAUGAACUGACAGAGCUGACCUUUAAGAUGGCCGAUGUGGAUCCGCUUGCGAGAUCGUUUCAGUUAUCGACUCAGGAAUGUUUAAGAAUCGCGGAAGCUUACGACCAGUUAAUUCAGAAAAAUCCCGAGAUAAAGGAUUACAAUUAUAGGGCACGGAAACAUGUAAAUGUAGAUGUAUAGGAAUUCCUUCAAAUAUAUGCUUGUUUUAGUAAUAAACAGUGAAUACGA